GGUUUCUGGAUGCUCAGUCCACUGGGCGCCCCCCUUCUGGUUUACCGUCUCAGACCUGUGGCCAGUCUGUAUCAGAUUGCCUUCACUUAGCUAUGGCACCUCUGGACUCCUUAUCAUACCACCCGUAUCACACCACUACGCGACUCGUCUCUGGCCUGGGUAGCCAACAACUGUUCUGGUACGCCUGGAGAACUACCUGGCAUAUAGGAGAUAUCAUUGUUCCGAUGGCUCGUCCUACGACUCCUUCUCUCAUUGCCCAAACUUCGACCGCCGGCUCGGUUCUAACCAUCUCUUACUGUCCUUUUAAUCCAGAUCACUAUCCAAACCCGACAGGGCUUCAAGCACGCCGCUGGUCCGGCUCCUUUCCUUCUUUACCAUAGCAUCAGCGUAUUGAUCACGCACAAUCGACAAUCUUCGAACAAGCGGCUGCUACGGUCAACUGAAUCUACAACCAUGGGAUUCCCUAUUUCCACAACAACGUCAACCAUGGUGGAACGGACAAGGUCAACGGAGUUGAUGAGGAUAUUACUGUCGGGAGAGGUCAGCGGAGAAGCGCCUAGAGAGUUGACACCCAGGGAGAAAUUCCGCAGAUGGAUGGUCAAUGAGGGAUCGCGACGCCUCUUCGUCAGCACCUUCAUCCUCGUCCAUUGUAUGCUGUACGGCUUUGGUUUCAUGAACUACACAAUGAAGGACAACCUCACUCAAGCCCGGGCUACCUAUGGCUACGGAUACCCAAUUGCUCGAUCCGCCGCCUUGGUCCUCCACUUCGAUGUCGCCUGUAUCCUUCUACCAGUCUGCCGCACUCUUAUCUCCCUCGCCCGACAGACGCCACUCAAUGGAAUCAUUCCCUUUGACAAAAACAUCACAUUCCACAAGCUCGUGGGCUAUUCACUGGUCAUCUUUACGUGGGUCCACACUAUCGCUCAUUUGCACAAUGUCGCCCAACUCUCCGCCAAGGGCCACGGAGGUUUCAUAGGCUUUGUCAAGCUCAACUUCCUGACAGGUCCGGGCUGGACGGGCUACGUUUUGACCAUCUCCAUCAUGGCCAUGUUCUUUACCGCACUUGACAAGCCCCGGCGGGCUAAUUACGAACGCUUCUGGAAUACUCACCAUCUUUUCGUCCUAUUCUUCAUCAUGUGGUCAAUUCACGGAAUCUUCUGCAUGAUCCCUGCGGACACAAAGCCCACCUGUUUUGGUAAUGGCUCUUUCUACCAGUGGUGGAUGGUGGGUGGCUUCACCUAUCUCGCCGAGCGUAUUAUGCGCGAAAUCCGUGGCACCCACAAGACCUAUAUAACCAAGGUUAUUCAGCACCCCUCAAAUGUUGUCGAAAUACAAAUCAAAAAAGAGCACACCAAGACUCGCGCAGGCCAAUAUAUCUUUCUCUGCUGCCCAGAAGUCUCAAUUUGGCAGUAUCAUCCUUUUACUCUGACCUCAGCGCCCGAGGAAGACUAUAUUUCCGUGCAUAUCCGUAUGGUUGGGGACUUCACGAAACAGCUCGGUAGAGUCCUUGGAUGCGAGGGUUUGGACAAAAACGAAUCCAAGAGAGCCAAUGACUCAGCAAGACUUAUAUCCGACGAAGACAACAUAAAACUCAGCACACUCCUCCCGCGUCUCUAUAUUGACGGGCCCUUCGGCUCCGCCUCAGAAGAUGUCUUCAAGUUUGAGACAGUGCUGCUGAUUGGCGCGGGUAUCGGCGUCACCCCGUUUGCAUCAAUCCUAAAAUCGAUCUGGUACCGCAUGAAGGAUCCUUCUGCAAGCAAGACACGGCUGCGGAAGGUAUACUUCUUCUGGGUGUGCCGAGACUUUGGGUCGUUGGAGUGGUUCAAGUCUUUGCUCACAGCCAUUGAGAGCGAGGAUAAGAGCCAUGCUAUUGAGAUUCAUGCAUACCUGACAGCAAAAAUCACAUCCGCUCAGGCUUCCAACAUUGUCCUGAACUCGGGGGACACAGAUGCCAUCACCGGUCUCCGUACACCCACGAGUUUUGGACGCCCCAACUGGGAUAUGGUGUUCCGGGGAAUCCGCAAGCUCCAUUGGCCGGGUGAGUGCGGCGUCUUCUUUUGCGGACCGAAAGGGUUGGGUGCGGAUUUGCACAUAAAAUGCAACAUGUAUACGGAAGCGGGCGAUAAAGGCUUCAGCUUUGUGUGGGGGAAGGAGAACUUUUGAAAGCGGACUCGAGUCAAUACCCUGAGAGUCGAAUUGCUGGCUUCACGCUCGAAUGGCUUGUAUAAUUAGGUAGAAUUCCAUUGCAAGGAGAUCUUUCUCAUCACACCG